AUGACAACAUUAUCAGACCCCGCCGUAUUCCUUCGCGCCAAAGAAAUCAUCGACGAUGCGCAUCGCGAAGAUCCAUCUGGACAGGAAAUCAUAUAUGCGGAUAAUGUUGAAAACUAUCUAAGGAUCUUAUUAGCACCGGAGGAGCCGACGAAUGUCCAGAUUAUUGCUGCCAGGUGUCAGCACCUCCGCCGUUUCCUACACCCCCGCUCCACCUAUCCAGACGGAAAACCCGGCUACCUCCGCUGGCGCCGUGACCUCUACACCAUCCAAGCAAACCACUCAACAACCCUGCUCUCUCCUAUCUCCCUCCCAGAAUCCGAACUCGAAGAAAUCAGCGCCGCAGUCGCCAAAAAGGAUUUGCUCGUAAAAUCAAAAGUUCACCCGACAACCGUGCUAUUGGAAGAUGCGGCCGUGUUGGUGUUUUUAAGUAACGAGGUCGAAGGGUUUAAGAAACAACAUGAGGAGUAUGAUGAGGAUAAAUGGGUGGGGAUUGUGAAGAAGACGUGGAGGAAACUUAGUGAUAGGGGGAAAGAGGAGGCGGGGAAGUUGUUACCGGGUUUGGAAGAAGGACUAAGGGCAGUUGUGGAAAGGGUAGUUAGAGAAGAGACAGAGAAAGAGGGGGCUUGA